UCAUCAGACUGUUGGUUUCUAGGGUUUCGGCUUCGUACGGUGAUGUCUGAUUGAAGAUCGUGAAUAUGUCUGGACCGCUUGAUCGAUUCGCCCGGCCUUGCUUUGAAGGGUUUUCAGGUCAUGAUGAAAGAAGAGAAAGGAAAUCUGAUUUUGAAAAUUCUGAGGAUGAAAGGAGGACAAGAAUUGGGUCUUUGAAGAAGAAGGCUCUUAAUGCUUCUACCAAGUUUAGGCAUUCUCUUAAGAAAAAGAGCAGCAGAAGGAAAAGUGAUAGCCGGGUUAUUUCUGUUUCAAUCGAGGAUGUUCGGGAUGUUGAGGAGCUACAGGCUGUUGAUGCAUUUCGGCAAGCAUUGAUUUUGGAUGAACUGCUACCUCCCAAACAUGAUGAUUAUCAUAUGAUGUUAAGAUUUCUGAAAGCAAGAAAGUUUGAUAUUGAGAAAGCAAAGCAUAUGUGGGCCGAAAUGCUUCAAUGGAGGAAAGACUUUGGUGUUGACACUUUUUUAGAGGAUUUUGAGUUCAAAGAGUUGAAUGAAGUUCUACAGUACUAUCCUCAUGGUUACCAUGGUGUGGAUAAGGAAGGAAGACCUGUUUACAUUGAAAGACUGGGAAAGGUUGAUCCGAACAAACUCAUGCAAGUGACGACAAUUGAUAGGUAUAUCAAAUACCAUGUAAAGGAGUUUGAGAGGAGCUUUGUAGUGAAGUUUCCAGCUUGCUCAAUUGCUGCAAAAAGACAUAUUGAUUCAAGUACAGCGAUUCUGGAUGUUCAAGGCGUGGGUUUGAAAAACUUCAGCAAGUCUGCGCGAGACCUCAUUGUACGGCUGCAGAAGGUUGAUGGUGACAAUUACCCUGAGACACUCUGCCGAAUGUUUAUCAUCAAUGCUGGUCCUGGCUUCAGGCUUUUGUGGAACACUGUGAAGACUUUUCUUGAUCCCAAGACAUCUUCUAAGAUUCAUGUGAUUGGAAACAAGUACCAGGCCAAGUUGCUUGAAGUAAUUGAUUCCAGUGAGUUGCCAGAUUUUCUGGGUGGUACAUGUACCUGUGUGGAUGAAGGGGGUUGCAUGAGGUCUGAUAAGGGGCCAUGGAAGGACGCAAAUAUUUUGAAGAUGGUUCUUAAUGGUGAAGCACAAUGUGCUAGACAAGUUGUUACAGUUUCCAACGGUGAGGGGAAGAUAAUUGCGCCGAAUUACCCGCAGAUUAGAGGUGGUGACACAUCAACUGCUGAGUCAGGCUCUGAAGCUGAAGAUAUUACUUCCCCUAAAGGAUCGAGGAGUUAUUCACAUUUUCGUUUAACUCCUGUUCGUGAAGAAGCCAAAGUAGCUGGGAAGGCAAGCUUUGCUGGUAGUUGUUCAGAGUAUGAUGAAUAUGUUCCAAUGGUUGACAAAGCUGUUGAUGCUGGAUGGAAGAAACAAGUGUCCCUUCAGGGGGACUGUUCUUCCAAAGGGGUUCUUCCUUUGCCUAACACUAAGAAGACUCAAGAAGGAAUUCAUGCACGUAUGUUUGCCAUGCUUAUGGCCUUUUUCAUGACCCUCUUUGCUUUCUUCCAUUCUGUAACUUGUCAUGUGACCAAGAAGCUUCUGGAUGCAUCUCAUCAUGAUAACAAUGCUCCUGGUCUUGCACUCGAUUUAAUGCCCAAGGAGGAGUUCCGGCCCCCUUCACCGACUCCUGGAUUUACUGAGGCAGACCUCCUCUCAUCUGUUCUGAAAAAGCUUGGUGAACUGGAGGAGAAGGUGAACACACUUCAAGCAAAGCCAUCGGAGAUGCCGUGUGAGAAAGAGGAGUUGUUAAAUGCUGCUGUUUGUCGUGUGGAUGCGCUGGAAGCAGAGCUGAUUGCUACAAAGAAGGCUCUACAUGAAGCUCUGAUGAGGCAAGAGGAAUUGCUCGCAUAUAUAGAUAGUCAGGAAGAAGCAAAGUUCCGGAGAAAGAAAUUUUGCUGGUGAUGGAGAGACUUUGUUGGAGUAUUCUCUGGCGGUUUAUCUAUUCUGUCAUUUAAUACAGAUGUUUGAGAUGCAAAUAGUUCUUCAGGGAGGGUGGAUUGGCUGGAAUGAUAUGGGUUUCUAUGGAUCACAGAAAUUGCUGGAAUAAAGUUAGUUUGUUCAGCUGUUCAUA